CAAAACGUCCACCAUGCCCGCCCCGGCCCCCCCACCAGGCUACGUCCACGUAUGCAAGCUUAAGGACACACUCUCUCACACGCGCUUCCACCUGUCGCUGCGUACACUCUCGACGCCAGCGACAUAUCACCGGCUUCUGCUGUUCCGGAUCACCAAGCCAUGCGACGACGAGGGCGCCGCAGAGCUGUAUUGCAUGGAGGAGGCCUGUCCGCACCUCGGUGCGCCCCUGAGCCACGCCGAGAUUGAGGUGGACGACAUCGAAGACACACGGGCGGUUGUCUGUCCGUGGCACCAGUACGACUUUGACCUCCGCGAUGGCACGAGCUCCACGGGCCUCAAGACGUGCACAUAUGACGUGGUCCUGGACGGAGAAGGGCACGAGGCCGGUGUAUGGGUCGAGGCGCCGCACAUCGAGGGAGACUUGGACUGGGAGACGAUUGAAUUCCGUGGUGUGAGCGAGGAAUUCGCCGACCCCCCGCCUCUGACACUGAAAGACCUGACCCUUGAAGUACCCCCAGCAGCACCCUCGCUCUCCCCCGAUGCACCCAUCACCCCCGUGACUCUUCCUGACAACUUGCCGGACUCGCUGCUGGAUUUUGCGCACCUGGUCCUGGCGACGCCGGAGCCAGGGAUGAAGUGCGCAUUGACGCGCGAAGCCGUGUCUCGCAUGCGGGCGGGUAAGCUAAAGUCAAUCCGGCCGAGCAAAGCGGAGAUUGCACGGGCGCGGAAGAACGGUGGGCUGCUGGACAAGCCGCCACGGUUGCAGGAAGCCGUGCGACCGUGGCAGACGAGCAAACGCGGGAAGGGAGGAUCGGAGAAGUCACGCAUUGUGAUGAUUCACGCCCUCGCCAAUAUUGAGCAGUACGCGAUCGACCUGGCAUGGGAUAUUAUCGCACGCUUUGCCGACACAGAGAUCGAGGGCCAGCGGCUGCCAGUUGAGUUUUUCCUCGACUGGGCCAAGGUCGCCGAGGACGAGGCCAAGCACUAUUCCCUCCUGGCUCGGCGGCUGCAUGAAAUGGGCUCCUACUUCGGGGCUCAUUCCGUGCACGCAGGUCUGUGGGACUCGGCAAUGGACACGGCGGACUCACUGCUCGCGCGAAUCGCGGUCAUUCACCUCGUUGCAGAAGCGCGGGGCGUUGAUAUGAACCCUCUCACGUUGGCGCGGUUACGGACGCACGGCGACACCCGCUCUGCAGAGAUUCUUGAGAUCAUCCAUGCUGAUGAAAUUACUCACGUCACAGCUGGGCACCGAUGGUUCUCAUGGAUCUGCGGCAAACGCGACAUCGACCCCAUCCAGCAGUUCCGUCACGAGGUGCGCACCAACUUCCACGGCGAUCUCAAAGGUCCGUUCAACACCGCGGACCGCGCCAAGGCUGGCCUCACCGAGGAGUAUUACACCGACCUCAAGGGACACGGUGUGUCGCGGCAUGCUGCGUAUGCCGGCUCGGGCCCCGGCGAGGGCGACACACACAUGCACCCUCGGCUCACCUAGAUAGAUUGUAGAGCUGCUCCACCUCCACGUAUGCCACAUGCUGCAGCGACCUUUUUUGCGUUGUCGACCUCGCUUAUGAUGCUCAACGUCUCGGCGGCUCGGCGCCCAGAACAAGAUCUGUUCCUAUGACGAGGGCCACACGCCCGCGCCACCCACGCCCGAAAGCUUACGGCAUUGCCGGCAUGACCCGGCUUCGAUCUUCGCCGAGCCCUUGAACACCGCAUCGCACCUGUUUCGCGACAUCCCCGAGCCACGUCACGCAGCCUGGAACAUCCCCUGAUGUAUCAAUGGCGUCGGCUGCACUGCUUCCAGCUGCAAGCCUUUGCAAUGGGCACUGCAACAGGCUUAAA